UUUUAUUUUUUCUGCCAGGUACAUCAGAUCCAUCAGGUCCGAGCUCUGCUGGCUGCUGCUACUUUUCCCUUCGUCUCAAUUAUGUCUUGGAAGAAGGCUUUGCGGAUCCCCGGAGGCCUUUGGGCAGCAACUGUCACCUUGAUGCUGGCAAUGCUGAGCACCCCACGGGCUGAGGGCAGAGACUCUCCCGAGGAUUUCGUGGUCCAGUUUAAGGCCAUGUGCUACUUCACCAACGGGACGGAGCGCGUGCGUUACGUGACCAGAUACAUCUAUAACCGAGAGGAGAACGCGCGCUUCGACAGCGACGUGGGGGUGUACCGGGCGGUGACGCCGCAGGGGCGGCCUAGCGCAGAGUACUGGAACAGCCAGAAGGACAUCCUGGAGAGGACCCGGGCGGAGUUGGACACGGUGUGCAUACACAACUACGAGGUGGCGUACCGCGGGAUCUUGCAGAGGAGAGUGGAGCCCACAGUGACCAUCUCCCCAUCCAGGACAGAGGCCCUCAACCACCACAACCUGCUGGUCUGCUCGGUGACAGAUUUCUAUCCAGGCCAGGUCAAAGUCCGGUGGUUUCGGAAUGAUCAGGAGGAGACAGCCGGCGUUGUGUCCACCCCACUUAUUAGGAACGGUGACUGGACUUUCCAGAUCCUGGUGAUGCUGGAAAUGACUCCCCAGCGUGGAGAUGUCUACACCUGCCACGUGGAGCACCCCAGCCUCCAGAGACCCAUCACUGUGGAGUGGCGGGCUCAGUCUGAAUCUGCCCAGAGCAAGAUGCUGAGUGGCGUUGGAGGCUUCGUGCUGGGGCUGAUCUUCCUUGGGCUGGGCCUUAUCAUCCGUCAAAGGAGUCAGAAAGGACCUCAAGGGCCUCCACCAGCAGGGCUCCUGCACUGACUCCUGAGACUAUUUUAACUAGGAUUGGUUAUCACUCUUCUGUAACGCCUGCUUGUCCCUGUCCAGAAUUCCCAGCUGCCUGUGUCAGCUUGUCCCCCUGAGAUCAGAGUCCUACAGUGGCUGUCACACAGCCAUCAGGUCAUCUCCUUUCAUCCCCACCUCAAGGCGCUAGCUGUGACCCUGCUUCCUGCUCUGACCCAGAGCCUCUGCCUGUGCAUGACCAGCUGCGUCUACUCAGGCCCCAAGGGGUUUCUGUUUCUGUUUUCUCCUCAGACUACUCAAGAGAAGCACAUGAAAAACAUUACCUGACUUUAGAGCUUUUUUACAUAAUUAAACAUGAUCCUGAGUUAUCUGUA